AUGAGGGAAGUACGAGAAAUCUCUAUGAAGCGGAUCGAAGAAAAAGCAGAGGCAAUGAAGGCAGGGAAGACUACGGGGGAAAGCUUCUUCGAUUUGCUGUUGGAAUCUGAACUUGUAGAAGUUCAUGGCAUAAAGAAUACAGGGGAUAUCAUUGGACAACUUAGGUUAUUUUACUUUGUUGGAUAUGACACUGCUUCAAUGAUGCUUGUUUGGACCAUGGUUUUAUUAAGCAUUCAUCAAAACUGGCAACAACGUGCGAGAGAAGAAGUUUUCCAAGUUUAUGGUGACUCCGAACCAAAUUAUGAAGGGUUAAGUCAACUCAAAAUUGUAAUAUCUAUGAUUUUGAAUGAAGUUUUGAGGUUGUAUCCUCCAAUUGUCGAGCUCUCUAGACUUGUAGAACAAGAAACGAGAUUAGGAGAAAUUGUUGUACCAGCCAAUACAAUAGUUAGGUUACCAACACUGAUGGUUCACAGGGAUCCUGAAAUCUAG